AUGACACAAUAUUUGAAAGAGGCUUAUGGUGGAAAUCAAACGGAAGCAACAGAAUUUAUCCUUUUAGGGCUCUCUGACAACCCAGAUCUACAAGUUUUUCUUUUCAUAUUAUUUCUAUCAAUCUACACGGCUACCAUGGUAGGUAACUUGGGAAUGAUCAUACUGAUUAAGCUUGAUCCCUGUCUCCACACCCCCAUGUACUUCUUCCUCAGCAGUCUCUCCUUUGUUGACGCCUUCUAUUCUUCGUCUGUAACUCCCAAGAUGCUGGAGAAUCUUGUGUCUGAGAAUAAGGCCAUUUCCUUCAAUGGAUGUGCUGCCCAGUUCUACUUCUUUGGCUCCUUCCUAGGGACUGAGUGCUUCCUGUUGGCCAUGAUGGCCUAUGACCGCUAUGCAGCUAUUUGGAAUCCUCUUCUAUACCCAGUUCUCAUGUCCGGGAGAAUUUGCUUCUUACUAGUAGCUACUUCAUUCUUCGCAGGCUUUGGGAAUGCAGCCAUCCACACGGGAAUGACUUUUAGAUUAUCCUUCUGUGGAUCGAACAGAAUUAACCAUUUCUACUGCGACACCCCACCCUUGCUAAAAAUCUCUUGCUCUGACACUCACAUCAAUGGCAUCGUGAUCAUGGCUUUCUCCAGUUUCAAUGUCAUCAGCUGUGUCGUCAUCGUGCUUGUUUCCUAUUUAUGCAUCCUCGUUGCCAUCCUGAGAAUGCCCUCAGCAGAGGGAAGGCACAAAGCCUUCUCCACUUGUGCCUCUCACCUCGCUGCUGUCACCAUAUUCUUUGGAACAAUUCUUUUCAUGUAUUUGCGUCCAACAUCUAGUUACUCGAUGGAACAGGACAAAGUUGUCUCUGUCUUUUAUACGAUGGUGAUCCCUAUGUUAAAUCCCCUCAUUUACAGUUUGAAAAAUAAAGAUGUGAAAGAAGCUGUUAAAAAAAUCUUACAGAAAAGCAUACUGUAA